GUCCCCACGUUGUUUCUCAGUAUCAUCACUGGUAACCAGCUACACAAUCGGCGAGAGAGAUGGGAGAGGAAUCUAUACCAAAAUGGGAAGGUAAAGUCACCGUUGAGGUAAGAAACACCGUUGAAGAACAAGCAUGGGCAGUGUUAGAAGAUUUCUGCAACCUACACAAAUGGAUUCCAAUAGACACAUGUUACCAAGUUGAUGGUGUUCAAGGCCAACCCGGUCUCAUACGCUAUUGUGCUUCAAACAUAAAAGGUGUUGUUGAAGAUGAUGUUGUUGCUGAGCCUGAGACAACGAUCAAGUGGGCAAAGGAAAAGCUGUUGAAAAUUGAUCCAAUCAAACGUUGUUUGUCGUAUGAAAUUGUUGAUAACAACAUGGGAUUUAAGUCUUAUGUUGCAACACUGAAAGUGCUUCCAAACGAAGGUGAUGCUAAAAGUGCAGGGUGUGGGAUUGAGUGGGGGUUUGUUUGUGAUCCAAUAGAAGGGUGGACAUUACAAGAUUUCAACUCUUAUAUUGAGUACUGUCUUCAGUUCAUGGCUAAGAAGAUUGAGGUUGAAUGCUCUGUAACUAGUCAGAGCUAAUUAGAGAGCCUGAAAAAUAAUUGGUGAUGUUAGAAUAAAUCAGGCUUUGUCUGUUGUCUACUGAGUUUCUGUUUUUUUCCAUCUUUUGUUGUCAUCACUUUGUGAAAUGUAAUGUCCUCAAAACUUCAAAAAUAAAAUAAAAGUGUCUACUCUUUUUUUUUUUAUUUUUUU